AUGCGGUUCUUUUUCUUUAUUUUACUGUUUGUUUUGCUUGCGCCCACUCUGAUAAUGCUCUAUUUUGACGAGGGCUUGGUGAAUCUGAUUUUUAUGUACAAUAUGACCGUUCUUUUUUCGGCGGGGCUGUUCGUGUUAUUUGUCAAUGAAGCGAUUUGGAAUCUUUUGGAGCAACUUUUCAAACAAAAAUUGACUUUGAGUGGCUACGGAACUAUUUGCGGAAUGAUCUUUGUUUGGCAUGUUCUACAGUACUUUUUUUUGGUGUGGAUCCGCAAAGGAAUAUGUAUCAGUUCGUCACUGGUUCCUUUUGUUUUCAGCAAUAUCAACCUUGCAAUUUUCAGUUUGUGGAGCAUUCCUCGCUUGUUUCUCCUUGUUUUUGGGAACUCGGAGUUGGAAUCAAAACAACCUCAAAAGGACGGUGAAAAUUCCGAAGAAAAAGUUAUGGCGAAUGUGCGAGUUUUACAGUCAAUCGUUGCAUUUGAGCGGCAAAAAAACUACUACUUCAAAAGAAUUAUUCGUGACAGAUUCCAGUACUAUGACGGUCAGCUCCAUCGUGUCGAACAGCAGCUCAUUAACUCCCCGAAUUACUCCAAACGAAUCACAAUUCGACCAUAUCCAAUGAGCGCAAAAUGGAGCCUGGCUCAUCUACAGUCUUCUUCGGCUGACUUCAGAACAGAAGUUCAAGGAAAAAGUACGCUUUCUCACUUCCACGGCAAAUCGUUGCAUGGUCCCUCUCCUCGUUCUAUUUUACGUCAAGCCGACUCCAAAAAGGCCGUGGAAAGCGCUCUGUCACAAGCUUCAAGUGCACAUACGUUGAUAGGCCAAGAGAGUCCAAUGGCAAAUCCAUCAAGUUCCAAGCCUAGAAACUCAUUUUAUACCAACAGCGGGAUCAACUAUCUCGUAAGGGUUGCUGCAUCUCCGUACAAAAUGGCUCGCAAGUUCUUGUACAUUUUUCAGCGCGUGCACUUCAAUUGCUUGGUUAUUUGUGGCUAUCUAUGGACUCAAGCAAGCACCUACAUUCUUAACAGGGAAAGGGAUGAACUCCGGCCGCUUCAGCUUGUGGGUUCGUAA